AUGACGAAAACGAAGAAAAUACCGAAAUCGUAUUCUGGAAUUGAUUUCGGUUUUAUUGAUCGAAAAGGGGCGAGACUCUUCUUUAUUCUGCAGAUUUUUUUGAUAAGCGUCAGUGUUAUUGGAAUUGCGACAUCGAUUUGGGGAUUAUUCGAUAAAAAUAUUUCGUCAAAAGAGAUCUACAUCAAACCCCUUGGAGAGCUGUUUCUAGCGCUAUUUACUGGCAUUUUUGGCCUCAACGCCUUAUCACGUGACAGUUUGCCGUUGAUGGUCUGCUACUGUUUCCUAGUUUUCGCAUCCAUCCGCGAUACAAUUUCCCUGACCAUCGAAGCGACCAAAGUUUUCAGCUCCAAUCGCGAAGUCACGGAAGAUUUGAGCGAAAAUGAAGUCAUCGCCACUUGCGUUCGGGACUCUCUUUUCAUGAGCUCACUUCUUUGCUCGUUUUUCUUGCAAUUUUCUUCUGUUGUUUUUGUGAUUAAACAAUGGUACAAAAUGCAUCCGACUUCUGGAAAAGGGCUGGAGUAUUUUUCGACGCCACAAUAUCUUUUGCUUGGAGCAAAUCCAAAGAAAUUAUAUAAAAAAUAA